AGUUGCAUCUGUUCCGUUGGGGCCGAUGGCUCCGUUUCGGUCAUCAACUUAUCUGAGCAGCGACACUUGCUGUCUACUGGCGCCGCGCACUCCCUCUCCGAUUCACCUGUUAUGGCAAUCGGUUGGAGGGUACCCGAAGACCUUUUGCUGAUCGCUCAUGUGGACGGUUCUUUGGAGAUUUGGGACGUAAUGAUCGGUUGUCUGGAG